GCAACGUUCGCUCUGUUUGAAACAUGUGGGAGGAGCUGCUUCCGGUUCUACAGUGGCGUGAAGAGACGGUGUGUCAGCGGGGGGAAAACAUGCCAUUUUUACACGGCUUCAGGAGGAUCGUAUAUGAGUAUCAGCCUUUGGUGGACGCUGUGAUGUGUGUGCUGGGGACAGAGGAUGUAGAUUCACAUUCACAGAGCAGGCAAGGUGAUGAUGAAAGCAUCUGUAGGGAUCUUGCGGAGCUUCUAGAUAAAGAGUCUCAGUCUCCGGUCUUCAUUGAGGGAAUCAGUUGCUCUCUGUUUAAAGUGGCUGAACUCGGGUUGGUCAGUGCAGCAGAAGUGCUCUUGCGUCAUGGGGCGGACCUUAACUUUGAGGACCCUGUAUCAUACUACAACCCUUUGCACAUUGCAGUGAUGAGGAACAAACCUGACAUGGUUCAGAUGUUGCUGGGUCAAGGGGCUGAAAUUGAUAAGAGGGACAGGAUUCAUGAAAGCAGUCCUCUUGACUUGGCCAGUGAGGAGGAAGAGAGGCUACCAUGUUUGCGUGUUCUUCUGGACCUGGGGGCUGACGUAAAUGCAAAAGACAAGAAUGGAAAAACUGCGCUGCUCCAUGCUCUGGCCAUCAGCGAUGGUCUCACGGUCAACAACACAAACAAUAUACAACUGCUUCUAGAAAGAGGUGCAGACGUGAACGCCGCUACACACGAUGGCGAGUCCUCCAUGUCCUCGCUGACCUUCUUGGUAAAGGAAGCACUAGACAGCAGUCCGGAGGACGGCAAGGAGAUCAGGCACUUCUGUACCCAUGUGGCACAUCUCCUCCUUAGCCACGGUGCCGACCCCAGCUGCUGUUUGAAUGCUGCUGAUGGAGAAGUGUGGGAACCCUCCUUAACCUACACCAGCCUGGAGAACUUUGAUCUCUUUUUUCCCCUGGCUGCCCUUCUGCUCCAGCACGGUGCUUCUUUCUUCUGCUCUCACCACAGCGCCUCCUACUGGACGGGUCAGCGACUGAUAUUCACUCGUCUUGCUGAGGUACUGCGUGAAUCUUCAGACGAUGUUGACGUGGCUGAUCUCUUUGCUAAAGCUGAAGCGCUGUUGGAUCUGGCCAGGAUCUGCUCACCCGUCUUACCUCCUCUAUUCCCUCAAUCCGAAGUCCCUGUGCUGGAACAAGUCUCCGCCCAUCAGUCCCUCCUGGAGCUCUACAGCAAACUGAAGGACCAGGAGAGCCAGCCGCUGCCACUGAGGUGCCUUUGUAGAAGACUUAUCCAUCACUGUCUGCGACCCUGGCCCUUUGAAGAGAAGGUGAAAGCCCUUCCACUGCCAGACAGACUGAAGGUGUUAUUGCUCCCAGAGCAGAGCUGGACAGACACACCUGGCUGGGACGCCUUCAGAUAUGGCAAUUCACUGCUCUGAGAAGUGAUAAAACAAGUAGUGUUUCUCUGGUUGUAUAUAUUUAAUAAUUAAUUAAUGAAUUAUUAACAAACAGAUCAAAGAUUACAGGAGCUCAGUACCUGCCUACUAGUCUCAACGACACAAAUUUCACUUACUCCGUGUACCAGACCCAAACUAACACAUGUCUACACCGGACGCGGCCGCGACUUGACACGGUUUGUUCUAAUCCGAUUCGGUGUAGACACGGUGUAACACUGACCAACAAGAUACAACAUUAUCUUGGUGAUAAGUAGUGUUCUCUUUGCCAAAAUGUUCUUUUUUUAGUUUUGUGGUUUCUUGAAUACUUUCUGUAUGAAAAGCUAUUGUGUGUUUACAAUUGUGCCACUGCCACAAGUCUGUUGCUGUUUAAGUCUUUAAUUUUGAGUUUACAGUAUCCGUGAAUCAUGUACAUAACUGUGCCUUAACAAGACCAGCUUUGUAGGGGUAAAAAUGAAGAAACAUUUGAUUCUCUCACAUUGUGCAAUGUAUUUGUCAUGUAAACAACAUGUUGAAUAACAAAACCAUUUAAACACUCCUGAUUUGCAAUAAUACUUCUCUACGGGAUGUUAUGUGUUUAUGUAUUUCACACACACUAAACUGGAAGUUGGAUUUCUGUCAUAA